AUGGCCAAGAAGAUCGUCGGUGAUGGUCGCUUCGGAUUCUCCACUCACGCGGAGCAAUUCCGAGACAAAGAAUCUGGCUCCAAUGGCGACAAGAGAUCGCUCGGUGGGUUGAAAACUAUCAACGAGCGAAAGCUGAUGGCCAAGAUCGACUGGCAUGUUCUUCCAUGUUUGUGUGUCAUGCUUCUGCUGGCAUUCCUAGAUCGGAUUAACAUCGGUAAUGCAGCGAUUCUGGGGUUGAAGGAAGACUUGCAUAUCCAAUCAGGAACGGAAUACAACACCGCACUGACCAUUUUCUUCGUGCCUUAUAUCGUCUUUGAAAUCCCGUCGAAUAUCCUGCUGAAGAAAUUGAAGCCGCAUGUGUGGUUGCCAUUAUGCAUGUUCGGCUUUGGUCUGGUCACGGUGUGUCAAGGCCUCGUAUCAAAUUGGGGAGGAUUAAUGACUACUCGCUGGUUCCUCGGCAUGCUCGAGUCGGGCUUGACUCCUGGAUGUUUCUACCUUAUUGGCAUGUGGUACAAGCGCAGCGAAGCUCAGAAACGAUUCAGCUUGUUCCUCAGCUCAUCAACUGUCGCCGGUGCGUUUGGGGGGUUGCUUGCCAGCGGGAUCGGGAAAAUGGACGGACUUCGUGGCUAUGGCGGCUGGCGCUGGGUGUUUAUCAUCGAGGGCGUGAUCACCUGCCUGGUUGCGAUGGUCUGUUUUUUCAUCGUCCCGGGCUUUCCUGAGGAUGCAAAGUGGCUCAGUAAGCAGGAGAGAGAGUUCAUACUUUCCAAGCUGGCGGAUGAUGUGGGUAACGCUGCCAGACAUGCGAGCAUCGGAUGGCGCGAUGUUCUGGCUGUCUUUAUAGGCGGAAUUAUGUACCUUGGACAGGCCGUCACAGCUUACGGAUAUGCCUAUUUUGCUCCUACGAUUAUCAAAACCUACGGCCACGACGCCAUCACAUCACAGCUCUACUCCAUCCCACCAUGGGCCACGGCCUUUGGCCUCGCCAUGCUCAUCGCCAUUUUGUCUGACAAACUCCGCCACCGGUUCAUCUUCGCCAUAAUCCCGAUGCUCAUCGCCAUGGGCGGGUUCGGUAUCCUCCAUAACGUCCACGACCAUCAUAGCGUACAAUAUGGCGCUCUGUUCCUUGUCGCGAGUGGCUGCUACAGUGCCAUGCCCGUGCUGGUCUGUUGGUUCUCGACGAACCUGGGUGGUCAUCGUCGACGGAGCGUAGGAACGGCAUGGCAGAAUAGCUUUGGAAAUAUCGGCGGGAUUAUCUCCACCUACUCAUUCCUCGCUAAAGAUGCCCCUCUCUACCGUAAGGGGUACAUCAUCAGUCUGUCCUUCCUCUGUUUCUCAGCCGCCAUGGCUACCGGCUACUUCCUGGCAAUCCUGCACGAUAACAAGAAGCGUGAUCGAGCCAUUGCCAAAGGGACAAUUGACCUGCAGUCGUUGCCGGAAGAGGAGUUGGAGUAUAUGGGAGAUUUGGCACCGACAUUUCGCUAUUCUUAUUGA